UGUGGAAUUCAAUUUCACGAAAGAUGAAAUCACGACGUCAAUUAAAAGGUUUCUUCUCGGCAUUGAGGAAACUGUUGCCCAUAAGCUAAACCUCUCUCUCUCUAAAUCCAAAAGAAAAGAAAUAGAAGAAGAAGAAGAAGAAGAAGACGAAGAGAAACCAUAAGAGAGAAAAAAAGCCAAACAGUUCGUCGUCAUCGGUGGGAGUAGAAGAAGCAAGCAAUGGAGCUCAGAACAAGUAGGAAUCCGAAUUCGGAAGUGUAGAGUUCGGGUCAACCCAGAUGGACGAGGCACGACUUGUGGGCGACUACGUGCUCGGCCCGAGAAUCGGGUCGGGUUCGUUCGCGGUGGUGUGGCGAGCGAGUCACCGGUCGUCGGGUUCGGAGGUCGCCGUCAAGGAGAUUGACAAGAAACUUCUCAGCCCCAAGGUCAGAGAUAAUCUGCUCAAGGAGAUUUCGAUCCUCAGCACCAUCGAUCAUCCCAAUAUCAUUCGAUUCCACGAGGCCAUCGAGACCAGCGAUAGGAUAUAUCUCGUCUUGGAGUACUGUGGCGGAGGUGAUCUUGCUGGGUAUAUUUAUCGCCAUGGAAAAGUCUCAGAACAUGUUGCUAGGCAUUUUAUGAGGCAACUGGCUGCAGGGUUGCAAGUACUUCAAGAGAAGCAUCUUAUUCACCGCGAUUUAAAGCCUCAGAAUCUACUUCUAUCUACGAAUGAAGUAACUCCGUUGCUAAAGAUAGGUGAUUUUGGGUUUGCAAGAUCUUUGACACCUCAAAACCUAGCCGACACUUUUUGUGGUUCUCCAUUGUACAUGGCUCCAGAAAUCAUUCAGAAUCAAAAGUACGAUGCAAAGGCUGACUUAUGGAGUGCUGGUGCGAUUUUGUAUCAACUGGUGACCGGAAAACCACCUUUUGAUGGCAAUAAUCACAUUCAGCUUUUCCAGAACAUUGUGAGAGGCAGUGACCUGCAAUUCCCUGAAGAUCCUCUGCAGGAAAUACAUCUAGAUUGCAUUGAUCUCUGCAGAAGUCUUCUACGCCGCAAUCCAAUUGAGCGGUUGACAUUCAGGGAGUUCUUUAAUCACAAGUUUCUUCAGAUGCCGAGACCAUCGUUGCUGGAUGUUGAGCAGUCACAGUCAUAUCCAACUCCACGAGCAGAAUUAAGAGGGCAUUCUGAUUUAUCUACCUCUGGUGAAAAGUCAUUACUGCAUUCACAACAACCAGGCAGCACAUCCCGUAUUAAAAAGAGUGUCAAUGAGCAGAAGGGGGAAACAUAUAAAAAUGAUGGUGGAAGUUCAUCUAGUACUUCAAGUCGUCACUUGUUCAUCGAGGGACAAUGUUCAUCAAAUCAACCUCCAGUUGUUGACUCGCUGGAGCUUAUAGAGAGAGAGUAUGUUCUUGUAAAUCGUCCUUCUGUGUCAAUGGAAGCUUCCUCCGAGUGUCUUGACACAUCACAGCAAGAGACUGGGCUUCUUCCUAGUUCUAGUCUCGCAGAAAAUCCAUCGUCUAACAUGUCAGGUCCACAACCAACGACGAGAACAUAUCUGGUAACGGAAGUGCAAAGAUCAACUAUGGUUCAUCCCCCAACUAGACUCAAACUCUUACAUCAGUAUGCACAAACACUGACAGAAUUAGCCCGUGAGAUGUAUAAUGGAGGGCAGGUUAGGGAAUCUUUUGCUGUCGACCUCGUUGUUCUGGCUAUCUGGACAAAGGCUUUGGAUAUAUGUGAUUCUUGGAUGAUAUCCGCUGGUGAGGAUCUUCCACCCGAAACCAGUUCAAGAAGUGAACACAGGGCGAAUCAAGGUCCAAGCACAGUCCCCGAGACUUCAGGUCUAGAUUUCAGUUCACCAUCAUCUGCUAAAACCCGGGUGGCUGAAGAGUUUGUUAUAGCAUAUAACCAGGCCGAGAAUUCAUCAACUCAGCUAAAAGAAACAAGUGCUGCCUCUCAUAUGCCUGACGCCAUGGAAACAAUAUACGAGAAAGCACUCACAUAUGGCAAGAAUGGCGGGGUGGAAGAAUAUAUGAACAACAAGGCAAGUGCAGCAACACUAUACAGCAAAGCAAUUGUUCUACUCUCUUUUGUAGUUGAAGAAGCAGUGACUCUACCUCUAAGCCCUCCCUUCUCUUUAACACCUGACGACAAGAAGCGGAUUCUCUUCUACAUCUCUAACUUGCAGAAUCGGCGGUCUCACUUGUAG